AUUAUCUACUUCUCCUAAAUGUUGAGCGAAGAUGGUCAUAGUUAAUGGAAUGCAGUUAUGAAAGAAACAAAAAUGGUUUUGAAAAAGCUCAUUUGCACCUGAAAACGGCGUAGAAGACGCACGAUGCCUUUAGGUAACAGGUGCUAUUUGAAGUGAGUUUUAUAGAGCUUGUCAGCGAAUAUAACUGAAUAUGUGAUGUAUUGAUGUAAUGUAUUUCAAAGCAAUGUGUUUAGUUACAUUAAAAUUACGCACCGGAGACGCGCGUCCCCCAGAAACGAUAACAUGGACUCAAGUGUGGACACGAAUCUAAACUUUCUCAAGCUGUGAUCGACGCCACUCAAGGGUCAGAUGAAUGGCCCGCAGGAUGUUUUCUGGUCAGGCUGCUCUGAACUACAGCCUCAACCUCAGUGAUGAGCAGGGUCACUCGGACUUUACCCCGGGCGCAGGCAAGCUCACUCCCCCCGGCUUCAUUGUGCUGUCCGUGUUCCUGGGCUUCAUCAUGACUUUCGGUUUCCUCAACAACUUCAUAGUGCUCAUUUUGUUUUGUAAGUUUAAGAAACUACGGACUCCGGUCAACAUGCUCCUGCUGAACAUCAGCGUGAGCGACAUGCUCGUAUGUCUUUUUGGCACCACGCUCAGCUUCGCCUCCAGCAUCAGAGGACACUGGCUGCUCGGGACCAGCGGCUGCAGCUGGUACGGAUUCAUCAACUCCUGCUUCGGUAUAGUGUCCCUGAUCUCUUUGGUCAUCCUCUCCUAUGAUCGCUACAGCACUCUCACAGUGUACAACAAGCGAGGACCCAGCUAUAGGAGGCCUCUAGUAGCUGUGGGGGGCUCUUGGCUCUAUUCCUUGUUUUGGACAGUGCCCCCUCUUCUGGGCUGGAGUAGCUAUGACAUAGAGGGAGCAGGGACCAGUUGUUCUGUGUCCUGGACCAUGAACUCAAGACAGUCUCAUGCCUACAUCAUCUGCCUCUUCAUUUUCUGCUUGGGCCUGCCCAUCAUGGUCAUGGCCUACUGCUAUGGCCGCCUGCUGUAUGCCGUUAAAAAGGUGGGAAAAUUUCGAAAAACAGCCGCCCGUAAGCGAGAGUACCACAUUUUAUUCAUGGUUUUGACGACAGCUGCCUGUUACCUGCUCUGCUGGAUGCCUUAUGGUGUGGUGGCAAUGAUGGCAACAUUCGGCCCACCUAACAUCAUCAGCCCAGUGGCCAGUGUGGUGCCCUCCGUGUUGGCCAAGAGCAGCACUGUGAUCAACCCAGUCAUCUACAUACUCAUGAACAAGCAGUUCUACAGGUGUUUUCUGGCUCUGUUCCACUGCGAUCAUUGGUCUGUGGAGAAUGGAAAUACUUCGAUGCAGUCCAAAACCACCGUGAUUCAGCUGAACCGCAGAGUCUACAGCAACACAGUGGCCUGUACCGCCCAGCUCUCCAAUGAGACCCUCAACCAGUGCUGCAGUACCCCCCACAUGAAGCACACCACCCCCCCUGUGGCCACCACCUAGAGACACCCAGCACCACUCUGCAGGGUCUUACCACAAAAUAUCAAUCCAAGCAACACCCAUUUUUAUGUUACGAGAAUGUGUUAUGUCAUCAUAUAGCUGCUGAUGAAGAUAAAGUGGUCCAUUUCCACACUGUUCGUGUCCAUCUCAAGUAUGGCUACCUAUGGGAAGCUUCACGCCUUUAUGCAUAACACAUUAACAGUGAGCAGACUUCUUGUCCUUUGAUUGUGCUGGUGAAUCAUACAUCUAUAAACACAGCUGCUAAGUGGACAUCAGAACAAUAAUGGCAGGUGGCAACUGGGGUCAUCUCUGUACAGUCAUUUGCUGCUAUUACAGCAUCAGUGCUAGGGCGUCUUCAAGCUUUUCCCACAGAGUCACAGGGCACAGCACCAAAACUGUUACAUUUAUGGACCAAGAGAUACUGUUAUGUGUUGCUUGAAAAAUACGUUUUAAAAAUGGACCAAAAAUGGGACAACUUUUGGACAUCACACUUGGCUAUGUAACUGUAUUGUCAACACAUGUGACCAUCCUGUUUCCUGAAUUAUUGUUGGACCGUUUGCAUUGUAUUGCUAACUCGGUCAGGUGAAUGCUGUACUGCAAAUCAGGGUACAAUUAAAAUGUUUCAGGUUUAUAUUUCAAAGCUAAUUUAAUUCAUUAGUAGCAUUAUCAUUUACUGUAUGAGCUGCCCAGUACGUGACUUUUAGCCAGUAUCACACCCAUUAGUCAUUUUGUUAAUGUACAUCUGUGAAUUGUGCUUGUGGACUGUAAGAAUCAAUUACCAGCUAGUCUUUUCUGCCGUCACUGCCCACAGGAACAAAA